AUUGGACGGCGCUCCCCGCGGCGCGGCCCGCAGCCUGGCACCCCGCACCCGCACCCGCAUCCGCACCCGCAGCCGCAGCCGCAGCCGCGCCGCCGAGGACAUGGGCCGGGGAGCAGCGCCCGCCCCCCGCUCCCCUGAUGUGAAUUAUUAAAGAGAAAAUGGCCCAACGGAGUGCUGUGUUUCCUUCUUCUGUGAACGAGGAAAGGCACAAUAUAUGGAAAAUAUGCAUCUAAGGCGAGUCCGAACCAUGCCCCGACACAGCCAGUCCCUCACCAUGGCUCCCUACUCCUCCGUCAGCCUCGUGGAGCAGCUGGAAGACCGGAUCCUCUGCCACGAGAAGACCACGGCGGCCCUGGUGGAGCACGCCUUCCGAAUCAAAGACGACAUUGUCAGCAGCUUGCAGAAGAUGCAGAACAAGGGCGGGGGCGACCGCCUGGCCAGGCUCUUCCUGGAAGAGCACAUCAGGAACAUCACUGCCAUCGUGAAGCAGCUGAACCGGGACAUUGAGGUGCUCCAGGAGCAGAUCCGGGCGCGGGACAACAUCAGCUACGGGACGAAUUCUGCCUUAAAGACCCUGGAGAUGCGCCAGCUCUCGGGCCUGGGUGAUCUUCGGGGACGAGUGGCCAGGUGUGACGCCAGCAUCGCCAGACUCUCAGCGGAGCACAAGAGCACCUGUGAGGGGCUGCAGCAUCUGAACAAAGAACAACAGGCAGCCACGCUCAUCCUGGAAACGAAGAUCAAAGAUGCAGAGGGACAGAUCUCUCAGCUUCUGAACAGAGUGGACCUGUCCAUCUCAGAGCAAAGCACCAAGCUGAAGAUGUCUCACAGGGACAGUAACCACCAGCUCCAGCUGCUGGAUACAAAGUUUAAAGGUACGAUUGAGGAGCUCAGUAACCAGAUUUUGUCUGCACGGAGUUGGUUGCAACAGGAGCAGGAGCGUAUAGAAGAAGAACUUCUACAGAAAAUUGAUCAGCUCUCCUUGGUCAUGAAGGAAAACAGUGGAGCCAGUGAAAGGGACAUGGAGAAGAAACUGAGCCAGAUGUCAGCCAGGCUUGACAAAAUAGAAGAGAGCCAGAAGAAGAGCUUGGAGGGGCAGAGAAACAAGCAAGAGGAGGAGAAGGUCCAGGGGCAGAUCAGCAAGCUGGAGCUGCAGCUGACCGAGGACAUGAAAGAGAUGAAGGCAGAAGUCGAUGCUGGGUUCACGGCCAUCUAUGAAAGCAUAGGAUCCCUCAGGCAAGUUCUGGAAGCCAAGAUGAAAUUGGACAAAGACCAGUUACUGAAGCAGAUCCAACAGAUGCAGAAACCGGAAACUCCCAUGUGAAGGGAGUUGGGACAAGGACCUCCCAGUGGCUUUGCCAGUGGGACCAUGAGCGAGAUACCUCUGUAGCCAGAUAAAGGGUUGCCGAGCUGGGGAAGUUCCAUCUGUCGCGUGCAUGUGUUGAGGACUGGGUUCUCCUAGAUCUGAAUGUUUUCCCGUGUGAGUCUUGACAAUUCCCUCUCUUUAAAAGCAUCAAACUACUUCUGCCACUUUAUUCUACUUCUCUAAAUUCGAUGGAAUUAUUCUCUUUCCUCUUCCUGGAUUUUGAAAGGCUUUUAUCAUCCCUUCAUUUUAUGAAUGAAAAGACUUUGGAACAAUUUCCCUUCUGUGCUUGAUGCCCCAGCCAAGACUUUACUAUUUUUAAAAAUGUCAAUGGUGAUUCUUUUGAAACUUAAAAGCGCGCGCACACACACACACACACACACACACACACACACACACACACAAACCAGAAACCUAAUGAGUGGUCAUAGGAAUGUGUUGCUCCUUUCCCUAAAUUAAGGGACCUGACAGAUUACAACUCACCCUUUGUGUCCAUAUUUGGAUUUUAUUAUUGUUAUCUGUACAUUUCUUAUACUGAUCAUCUGCCGACCAUUCUGUCUUUUGUAACAGGCUGGGAUUUAACACUUAGAGUAAACACCCCACUAUUUAUGUAAUGAAAACAAUUUUUAAAUUGAUAACUGCCAUGUAAAUCGAGAUUAAAAUGGAAACUUAUGACAGCGAUCUAGGUAACACCAGGCACAACAUCUGUAUCAGGGUUUUAAUAUUGAGAACUCUGUUCAAAUUUACCCGCAGCCGCUAUUGUGAGAGCCAUAUAUUUAAUAAUGAAAUGGUGGUUAAUAGUUGAUUUACUGCAUAUCCAGUUGUGUAUUAAUUAUAAUGCAGUGUGAGAACUUUU